CAGAACAAUGGGGCAGAAUGUCCAACUUCACCAAGCUCUAAGAACCAGUUCUCAAGCAUUUCGUGGGGACUGCUGCAGCGGUGCAAGAAGCAGGUACAUGCGGCAUAUCUCCUUAAGCUAGUAAGGCACUGCCAUGGCUAAUUGAGUAGUGCUAGAUUUCAAGCUCAGUAUAUUUAAGCAGAUUCAAUGUCAACUUUGAUCCCAAAGGCAGACUUCACCAAGUUCGAAGGUUCUGCAUUUCAGAAAAUCAAGAACCUCAAGCUUCAAGCGUUUCCACUGCGGGUGAUAAAUGUCAAGGGCACAACCGAGUGCAGCCGUGCUACUGGAGGCGUUAUUUUUAGCGCUGUGAACAGUUGGGAAUUUCACAUAGUUUCUCACAGGUGGACCUGCGACAUCGAGGACUUGUCUAAGGACGUGGCCCAGGUAAUGGAAAGAAGGCAGAGCAGGAUCAGCUACGAAGAAGCGCUAAAGUAUGCUGGCCUGCAACGUAACAAGGGAUACAAAGGCUUGAUCCAGUUUCUCGAAGUGCUCCAGGAGGAUGGAGUGGACCUGGUUUGGCUUGACACACUGUGCAUCAACCAGCUCGAUAAGAAGGAAAAGGAGAGAGAGAUAUUGCGAAUGGGAGAAUUCUACUCGCUUACACUGGGUUGCUACGUUAGUCUUCAUGGCCUUGGAUCUGGUUUCAAGGCAGUGGCUGACGACGGCCAGCCUCCGGUAUGGUUCUCUAGAGCUUGGACUCUGCAGGAGUUUAUACUACCCCAAAAUCUCACCUUCAUAGUCGAGAUGGAUCAGUCGCAGUUGAAGAGUGUCGUGAACUUUGUCAAGAAGAUACAUGUUGAGAAGACGUGUGCGUGUAAAGGCAGCAAUGGCUGGUCUUGGGGUAGUACCUCAGGACCAUAUGAACAAGAACAACGUUCUGCUCAGGAAGACGAAGCCAACUUUUGGAAGGCAUUGCAGCAGUCGGACUACAAGUGCACCCGUGGUCGCUUAGCUCGAACAUCUUGCGAGAAUCUCUACUUCAUGGACAGAAAUGCCUACAUUCCCUUGGCGUUCAUAAUCAGCGGGGAAAGCAGUGAUAUCUUUGACUUUGGUACCCGCCUUGGGCUCACCUGCCAUGGUGGCACUGUUGGCCUUGUCAAGGAGAUUGCUGAUCGAGAUUGCAAAUUAGAAGAGGAUCGGGCGCUUUGCAUGCUCGGUUUGCUCGGGGUAACAGGUGAAGAUGGUGUCCAACGAAUCGAAGUUGGCAGGACACUCAAUCAGCAAUUGGUGGAGCUGACACGGGGGAUGGUUAGCUGCAACCUUGACGAUCUAAUCAAGAUGCUAGUAGCUGUAGCUGGGCCCAAACUCAUAAAUUCGACAGAGGAGCGAAGCCCAGAGCCAACUUGGACACCCAUCUUCCGGAACAGCCUUAAGGUGCUUCGCUAUAUUGUUCAAGUGAUGCUAGAAGCUGUGACUAAACUCAUAAAUUCGACAGAGGAGCGAAGCCCAGAGCCAACUUGGAUGCCCAUCUUCCGAAAGAGCCUUCCUCGUAACGAGGUACUUCGUCAUAUUGUUCAAGGUGACACCAUCGAGGGUCUGAGCAACAUGGUGGACUUCAAAAGCAUGGUGGAAUCUGUGAGCGUGGGCGUCGAUGGCUCUCUCACAUUGACAUGCGGUUUCAUAUCUGCAAGGCUUCUGCCACUUGAGGAGCACCGUGGGAGUUGUACACACGUGACGAACAGGAUAAAUGGGAAAGGCUGUUGCUCGUGCUGCAACUCGAACCCGAAGCACGAUAACUGCUUCAGAGCUGCUUCUGAUGAGGUUUGGGUGCUCGACAUGAAGGACCAGGGCCAUGCAUUGCCCUUCCACUCAUCUCAAGAGCUGGGUGACGAGUUUCAGGGACGAGCCUUCUGGCCACAUUUGCUGGCAUGUGGUAAGAACAACUAUGUCUACCCAUCGCACUACCUGCGAGGUUGGCUCCUUGUGCCGAACCAGGACUUUGCAAACGGAUGCACUUCCAAUGUCUCGCUGCUGCUGUUGGGAACCUCUCUUGAGACACGUUACUUGAACAACAGCCCCGUUGUGGAGAAAGUUUUGCUCUUCAUGAUAUGUUUGGGAGACAGCCACAACAAGUUGCGGAAAAUUGGCCAUCUCAGAGCUCUUCCACAAUACAGGGAGAUGAAAGCUAGUGGAAAGAUUGAUUACGAUCACCUUCCUAAGGUUCAGUCCACAGUUAGGUGAAUUUAAUUAAGUAAUUGAGUAUUAAAUUUAUUGUGUUAUGCUUAUUAUUACUUGCUAAUAUUAUAGAUUUGGU